UUACUAGUAGUUACUGGUAGUUGGUGGUAUUUAUUGGUAGUUACUAGUAGUUAGUGGUAGUUACUAGUAGUUACUGGUAGUUACUAGUAGUUAUCGGUAGUUACUAGUAGUUACUGGUAGUUACUAGUAGUUCCUAGUAGUUAUCGGUAGUUACUAGUAGUUACUGGUAGUUGGUGGUAUUUAUUGGUAGUUACUAGUAGUUAGUGGUACUUAUUAGUAGUUACUGGUACUUAGUAGUAGUUGUCGGUAGUUACUAGUAGUUACUGGUAGUUACUGGUGGUUGUCGGUAGUAACUAGUAGUUACUGGUAGUUACUAGUAGUUCCUACUAGUUAUCGGUAGUUACUAGUAGUUACUGGUAGUUGGUGGUAUUUAUUGGUAGUUACUAGUAGUUAGUGGUAGUUAUUAGUAAUUGUCGGUAGUUACUAGUAGUUACUAGUAUAAUUAUUGGUAUUUACUAGUAGUUACUGGUAUUCAAUAGUAGUUGCUGGUAGUUACUAAUAGUUACUUGUAGUUGAUGGCAGUUAUUGGUAGUUACUAGUAGUUGAUGGUACUUAUUGGUAUUUACUAGUAGCUACUGGUAGUUACUAGUAGUUGCUGGUAGUUACUAGUAGUUACUGGUAGUUAUUAGUAGUUCCUGGUAGAUACUAGUAGUUGUCGGUAGUUACUAGUAGUUGCUGGUAGUUACUAGUAGUUACUGGUAGUUGAUGGUAGUUAUUGGUAGUUACUAGUAGUUACUGGUAUUUACUAGUAGUUACUGGUAGUUACUAGUAGUUGUUGGUAGUUACUAGUAGUUACUAGUAGUUAAUAGUAGUUCUUGGUAUUCACUAGUAGUUAGUGGUAGUUAUUAGUAGUUACUGGUAGUUACUAGUAGUUGUCGGUAGUUACUAGUAGUUGCUAGUAGUUGUCGGUAGUUUUUAGUAGUUGCUAGUAUUUACUGGUAGUUACUAGUAGUUGUCGGUAGUUACUAGUAGUUACCAGUAGUUGCUAGUAGUUGUCGGUAGUUACUAGUAGUUACUGGUAGUUACAAGUAGUUGUCGGUAGUUUCUAGUAGUUGCUAGUAUUUAAUGGUAGUUACUAGUAGUUGUCGGUAGUUACUAGUACUUGUCGGUAGUUACUAGUACUUGUCGGUAGUUACUAGUAGUUACUAGUAGUUGACGGUAGUUUCUAGUAGUUGCUAGUAUUUACUGGUAGUUACUAGUAGUUGUCGGUAGUUACUAGUAGUUACUGGUAGUUACUUGUAGUUACUUGUAGUUCCUAGUAGUUAUCGGUAGUUACUACUAGUUACUGGUAGUUGGUGGUAUUUAUUGGUAAUUAGUUGUAGUUACUGGUAG